AUGGAAGGCAUGGACAUCGACCUCUCCUACUCUAGCGCGUAUCAUCCACAAGGAAACGGUCUUGUGGAACGGGUGAAUCAAGCGCUGGAGUCAUACCUGCGAGCGUACGUCAGUGAAGCCGAGGACUGGGCAAGACUCCUUUGGUUGUGCGAGUUCACGUACAACAACACGGUGCACGCGGCGAUCCAGUGCAUUCCGUUCAUGGCCAUGUACGGGUUUCAGCCGGAAAUGGAUGAGAUUAACUUCAAGUCGCCGAAGGCACCUCAAACGGCAGCUGAUCGCGUGGAGGAACUCAAGGCACUGCGUUUCUCGUUGAGAGCGAAUAUUCACCGAGCAAACAUGUCCGCAGCCAAGUUCUAUGAUCGGCACCACAAGGCAGCACCUCCGAUCACGGUGGGCAGUUUAGUCACAGUUCUGCGUCGCAGUCAGACUGCCGAACAACCGUAUGCCAAGUUGGCGUACGUACGCGAUGGUCCCUUCAAGGUCGUGAAGCAGAUCAAUGAGCGUGCCUUUGAGCUGGAUCUAGGUGAAGCAUCCAGCAAGUCCCGCACCUUCCAUGUAUCUGUCUUGGAAUUGUUUGUCGCUGAUGACGUUGAAGGUCGGAUUCGGCGAGUCCUGCCUCCUGUCAAGGACUGGGACGGAACAGUUCGACAUCGAGUCGAGGCGGUGAUUGAUUCGACUCGUCACAGCGAGAUUAUGUACUAUCGCAUCCGAAGGGUAGGCACCACUGCUCGUGAAGACACCUGGGAACCAGCCAAAGACGUGUGGGCUCGCUUCCCCAGGGCCGUUCGUUUAUUCCAUCUGGCCGAACCUUCUCUGCCACAGCCUACGCGAGAGGAGUUUCACGAAUGGAUCGCCGUCGGUCCAGGCGAAUCAUGUUCAACCCACGGCUAG